AGUGGGUUCUCCCUGUCCUUUAGUAGAUAGAUUCAAUGAGUCCUGCCCUUAAACAGAUCUCACCUCUUCACAUGUGAUCAGUUUCUAUUUAGUUCACUCUUCAGCAACCCUUUGCUUCACUGUAUAUUUCACUAUAUUUUCUUUUUAAGAAAAGGAAAAAAAAAAAUUAUUCAUUUUCCAUUGCUGAACCUUGAAGAAAGCAGCUUAGUCUUCAGCUGGGUUUGUUAGGUCUCUGUACUUUCUUAUCAAGAGCUUCGAAUUCGAUCAAGCUUCCUUUUGGUACUCGAACUGUUUAUGAGAGCAAAUUGAUAGUCCUUGAAGCUUUUUUCCUUUUUCCUUUCUCAUUUUUAGCUCAUUUUUGUUCUUUUUUCACUAAAUAUAAAAAAUUUGAAGUCUGGAAAUCGAAGCUGUAUUGGGUUUAGCCUGUUCAUUUUUCAGCUCCUUGUGUUUGGAAAUUAGUCUUGAAAUCUCAAGAGUUAGGUUGCCGAUCUUAGUCUUCCACAGCUCAUUGGAGCCAAACACUGUCUAAAGUUUCAAUUUUUAAUUUUUCUGUUCCAAAAUUAUCGAGUGCUCUUUGUUUUGAUCUUCUGGUUAUUAGUGUCAAUUUAGAAACAAAAUGCAGAAGCCUCCUCAAAAUGUAGACUUUGCUCUAAAGGAGACCUCGCCCAAGAUUGGCGCAGGAGCUGUAACAGGGGAUAAGCUCUCCUGCACCUAUGAUCUUGUUGAGCAAAUGCAGUAUCUCUAUGUUCGAGUUGUUAAGGCAAGAGAUUUACCCCCAAAAGAUGUUACUGGUAGCUGUGAUCCAUAUGUUGAAGUAAAGCUUGGAAACUAUAAGGGAACCACAAGACAUUUUGAGAAGAAGACCAAUCCUGAGUGGAAUCAGGUUUUUGCUUUCUCAAAAGACCGAAUUCAAGCUUCGAUUUUGGAAGUGGUUGUGAAAGAUAACGAUGUUGUUCUUGAUGAUUUUAUUGGGAGGGUAUUGAAAGAGGUUGUGGAGUAUAUGCUUGAUGUUGACUCACAUAUGUGGAGCAUGAGAAGGAGUAAAGCUAACUUUUUUCGAAUCAUGGCCGUCCUAAGUGGGAUGAUUGCUGUUGGAAAAUGGUUUGAUCAGAUCUGCAACUGGAGAAAUCCUAUCACAACUGUCUUAAUACAUGUCCUUUUUAUAAUCUUGGUUCUUUAUCCUGAGCUAAUUCUGCCUACAGUUUUCCUGUACCUUUUCUUGAUUGGAAUUUGGAACUUUCGCCGGAGGCCAAGACAUCCUCCCCACAUGGACACUCGGCUAUCUCAUGCUGACGCUGCUCAUCCUGAUGAACUAGAUGAAGAAUUUGAUACCUUUCCAACUUCCCGUCCUUCAGAUAUUGUCAGGAUGAGAUACGACCGUCUCAGAAGCAUAGCAGGACGAGUUCAGACAGUCAUAGGUGACUUGGCUACUCAAGGGGAAAGAUUUCAGUCUCUGUUGAGCUGGAGAGACCCUAGAGCAACCACAUUGUUUGUCACAUUUUGUUUGAUUGCUGCCAUUAUUCUCUAUGUUACUCCCUUCCAGGUCGUGGCUCUUGUCACGGGUCUCUACGUGUUAAGGCAUCCCAGGUUCCGCCACAAACUUCCCUCGGUACCUCUCAACUUCUUCCGGAGGUUGCCAGCAAGAUCAGACAGCUUGCUGUAAACCCAAUUGGAUUUUACUUGGCUACUUCUUCUAUUAGUUCUAGCGGGUAGUUGCAGUACUGGUGCUGGAUUGAAGAAGAGGUAUCAAUUUAGUUAUGCUCUUUUAUGUUAAGUCUUAUUUGGUAACAUGUAAUUUUCUUCUGCAACAACUUGGUAAAUUCUGGAAAAUUUGUAGCUUCCUCUCCCUCUCUUGCUUUCUUUUCUUCUCGCACAAGGUAAUCGAUGGUAGGUUUCUGAGUAUGUUAGCUAAUUUCUUCUGAUUUUGUUCCUAACUCUAGCCUUUGCUACUCAGGCAAA